AUGUACAGCUGCAGUGCUAACAGCUGCUGCAAGUGUCUUUGUCUCUUUUCUGCUGCAGCAGCAGCAGCAGCAGCUGCAGCAGCAGGCCCCUGGCACCAUUCGGUUAGCUGCGGCUCCACGGAGACACCGCUGUCCAGCGCAGCUGCUUCGCCCCAGGUUGCUGCUGCUGCUGCUGCUGAGGGUUUGUUGCUGCUGCCGUGCCUGCUGAACGGCCAGGAGAGCAGCAGCAGAAGGCGCGACGAAGAAGCAGCAGCAGCAGCAGCAGGAGAGGCGCCCAGCAGCCGCAGCAAACUAGUUGCUGCGCUGCUGGCCCACGCAGCCAACGAGCUGCGGCCCUGGGAGCGCGGGGUGGUUUUGGCCCGGAUUCCAGUGGCGUUGGCGGAGGGACAGGAGGAGACACUGGAGCGUUUGUGGAGCAGCAGCAGCAAGAGCAGCAGCAGCAGGGGCAGCAGCAGCAGCAGCAGGCUGAGGGACUUGGCCCUCGAGCUGUUCAAAGUCGGCAGAGACAGAUUGGAGGCCCAAGAGGAAGACAAGGAGACAGAAGCUGCUGAAGACGACAGCAGCGAAACCAAAGGACGCGAAGACCAGCAGCAGCAGCAGCAGCAGCAGCAAGAAGAAGAAGAUGGGGAAGCUUCCGUAGAGGCCGACAGGAAGGACGCCGCAGGGACACAGCAGCAGCAGCAGCAGGAGGAGGACGGGGAAGAGGAGCUGGAGGUCAUGGCGUCGGACGACGAGUCUGCUGCUCGCCCAGCAGCAGCAGCAGCAGCAGCAGCAGCAGCAGCAGUGCAAGUACAGGUCCGCUGUGGAUUUGCUGCGGGACUUCAAGAUGUGUCGGCUGAAGGAAGAGACUCUUCGCCCUGA